GUCCCGGCUGGGGCGGCUGCGAGGCGCGGGAGGGCUGGGCCGCCGCCUCGGCCACCUGUUCUAGAGGCGACGUUUGUGCGCACAGACACCCCGCGUGGAGGUCCCUGGCCACCUCCUUCACCCAACUGCGCCCGAAGUUGAGCGCGGCGGCGGGACCCCGAGCCCUGGUGGCGAGCGGAGAAGAUGAACGUGCAGGCGUCAAGAGUGUGUGCAAAGGCCACGGUCCCGUUGUCGGAGAAGGCCAGCUGCUGAGCCGGGCAUGUCUCCAGGAGGCCUGCAGACUGCGCAGAUCCCCGCCUCUCUGCAGUGGGCUGCCCAGGCUGACCAGCCGGUUCCCACGGGAGGCUCCUUGUGUGAUCGGGGAGACCAUGCCCAAGCCCUCCGACUGCCUGCUGCGGCUCCUCCGGGGCACCCCCAGGCAGCGGGUCUGCACCCUGUUCAUCAUCGGCUUCAAGUUCACGUUUUUUGUCUCUGUCAUGAUCUACUGGCAUGUCGUGGGAGAGCCCAAGGACCAAGGGCAGCUCUAUAGCCUGCCUGUGGACAUCCCCUGCCCCCCACUCACGCCCCCAGCCCCGUCCUCCAGCACCCCCCCUCCAGGCAACAUCUUCUUCCUGGAGACCUCAGACCGGACCAACCCCAACUUCCUCUUCAUGUGCUCCGUGGAGUCGGCCGCCAGGACCCACCCCGAGUCCCAGGUGGUGGUCCUGAUGAAGGGGCUGCCCGGUGGCCACGCGCCCCUGCCCCGGCACCUGGGCCUCUCGCUUCUGGGCUGCUUCCCCAACGUGCAGCUGCGCCCGCUGGACCUGGAGGAGCUGUUCCGGGACACUCCGCUGGCAGCCUGGUAUCGGGCCGUGCAGCGGCGCUGGGAGCCCUACCUGCUGCCCGUGCUCUCCGACGCCUCCAGGAUCGCGCUGCUCUGGAAGUUCGGCGGCAUCUACUUGGACACGGACUUCAUCGUCCUCAAGAACCUACGGAACCUGACCAACGUGCUGGGCACCCAGUCCCGCUACGUCCUCAACGGGGCCUUCCUGGCCUUCGAGCGGCAGCACGAGUUCCUGGCUCUGUGCAUGUGGGACUUCGUGGCCCACUACAACCGCUGGAUAUGGGGCCACCAGGGGCCCCAGCUGCUCACGCGGGUCUUCAAGAAGUGGUGCUCCAUCCGUAGCCUGGGGGAGAGCCACACCUGCCGAGGGGUCACCGCCCUGCCCCGGGAGGCCUUCUACCCCGUGCCCUGGCAGAGCUGGAAGAGGUACUUUGAGGAGAUCAGGCCCGAGGAGCUGACUCGGCUGCUCAAUGCCACCUACGCUGUCCACGUGUGGAACAAGAAGAGCCAGGGCACGCGCUUCGAGGCCACGUCCAGGGCA